AUGGGAUGGCUGCCGCAGUGGCGGCAGCUCCACGUUGGCACCACCAAGGCGUCACGCGUGCGAGCCAAUGGGCGCUUAGGGGCCGUGUCCGGGGCGUGGCCUGGGGGCCGGCCCCCACGUGUUCGCCGGCGCUGCAGAAGCGCGGAGCGGAUGGAGGCGGCGGGGGCAGCGGCUCCGGCCUCGGCCCCGGCUCUGGCACAGGUGUCGGCUCCGGGAAGGGCUCGAUCGGUUCAACCCCAGCCCUCAGCGCAACCUCCAGCCCAGCCCAAGAACCGGGAGCUCUUCAGGAGCCAGCGGAAAGAGUCUGAGGGCUCGGUGGAUUGUCCCAACCUGGAGUUUGAAUACGGGGACACUGAUGGGCAUGGAGCUGAGCUAGCAGAGCUCUACAGCUACACUGAGGAGCCCGAACUCAACACUAACAGGAGAUGCUUUGAGGAGGAUUUUCACACUCAAGUGCAAGGCAAGAGGUGGCUGGAGCUGGAUGUGGGUCAGCAGAAGGCUUAUGUCAUGCGCCUGCUGGAUGGGCUAGAGGUGGUCAACAGGGACAAGCGGCUCAAAGUGGCACGAGCCAUCCUCUACCUGGCACAAGGUGUCUUUGGAGACUGUGAUAAUGAAGGUGAUGUCCUGUACUGGUCUCGGCACAACAGCUUCCUCCUGUAUCAGCUGGGAACCUUUACUGCCUUCCUGGAGCUGCUCAACAUGGAGAUUGACAACAGCCAGGCCUGCAGCAGUGCCCUGCGGAAGCCAGCCAUCUCGCUGGCUGACAGCACGGAGCUCAGGGUGCUGCUUGGUGUCAUGUACCUGAUGGUAGAAAACAUCCGUGUGGAGCAGGAGGAGGACCCCCCUGAGUGGAAAACCUGCCGGGAGACCUUCAGGAUGGAGCUGGGUUUCCCUGUGCACAGUGAUGAGCCAUUUGCUCUUCUGCUCUUCAUGAUGGUGACCAAGUUCUGCAGUGGCCAUGCUCCACACUUCCCCAUGAAGAAGGUCUUGCUCUUGCUCUGGAAGGUGCUUCUGUUCACAUUGGGUGGAUUUGAAGCCCUGCAAGCAAUGAAGGUGAGGAAGAGGGAGGAGCUGGGGCUGCCACCCUUGCCAGAGGACAGCAUCCAGGUGAUGCGCAGCAUGCGGGCAGCUUCACCUCCCACCUACUCCAUCGAGCUCAUGGAGCAGCAGCAGCAGAAGCGUGGUCACCGUAGCCGAAGGCCCCUGGUGAAGCAAGACAGUUUGGACAUCUACAACGAGAGAGACCCCUUCAAGAAUGAUGAAGCAGGAGUUGAUGAAGAGGAGAAUGAUGACGUGGACAGUGGGAUUGAGGGGGAACUGGACCUGAUGGAGCGGGACACAAUUAUUCCUGCAAUGCCUGCUCAUCACCCAUCCAUUGAGAGGGUGUCAUUCCCCAAAGGGCUCCCCUGGGCCCCCAAAGUCAGACAGAAAGACAUCGAGCAUUUCCUGGAAGCCAGCAGGAACAAAUUCAUUGGAUUCACGUUGGGACAAGACACUGAGACCCUGAUAGGGCUACCACGACCCAUUCAUGAGAGCGUGAAGACACUGAAGCAGCACAAGUAUGUUUCCAUCUCAGAUGUCCAGAUCAAGAAUGAAGAGGAGCUGGAGAAGUGCCCCAUGUCUCUGGGGGAAGAGGAAGUCCAAGAAACCCCUUGUGAGAUCUUGUAUCGAGCAAUGUUGUACAAUCUCCCCCAGUACAUGAUAGCUUUGCUGAAGAUCCUCCUUGCUGCAGCACCAACCUCCAAAGCCAAGACCGACUCCAUCAACAUCCUGGCAGAUGUGUUGCCUGAAGAGAUGCCCAUCACUGUUCUUCAGAGUAUGAAAUUGGGGAUUGAUGUGAACAGGCACAAAGAGAUCAUCGUGAAGAGCAUCUCAGCAGUCCUGCUGCUGCUCCUCAAGCACUUCAAGCUGAACCACAUCUACCAGUUUGAGUACGUGUCCCAACAUUUGGUGUUUGCCAACUGCAUCCCACUGAUUCUGAAGUUCUUCAACCAGAACAUCAUGUCUUACAUCACUGCUAAAAACAGCAUCUCUGUCCUGGAUUAUCCACACUGCACAGUCUGUGAUUUGCCUGAGCUCACAGCAGAAAGCCUGGAAGCUGGAGACAACAACCAGUUCUGCUGGAGAAAUUUGUUCUCCUGCAUUAACUUGCUGAGGAUCCUCAACAAGCUGACCAAGUGGAAACACUCAAGGACGAUGAUGCUGGUAGUCUUUAAGUCAGCCCCAAUACUGAAGCGAGCUCUGAAGGUGAAGCAGGCCAUGAUGCAGCUCUACGUCCUCAAACUAUUGAAGAUCCAGACCAAAUACCUGGGGCGCCAGUGGAGGAAGAGCAACAUGAAAACCAUGUCUGCCAUUUACCAGAAGGUGCGGCACCGCAUGAACGACGACUGGGCCUAUGGCAAUGAUAUUGAUGCCAGACCAUGGGAUUUCCAGGCUGAAGAAUGCACCCUGAGAGCCAACAUUGAAGCCUUCAACAGCCGGAGAUAUGACAAACCUCAAGAUUCAGAGUUUGCACCAGUGGACAACUGCCUGCAGAGUGUGUUGGGACAGCGGCUGGAGCUCCCUGAGGACUUUCACUACUCCUAUGAGCUCUGGCUGGAGCGGGAGGUGUUUUCCCAACCCAUUCGCUGGGAAGAGCUGCUGCACUACCAGUGAGAGCAAUACAUUUGCCUGCUCUCCAUCCCACCUCAAUAUGGAUUCAAGGUGCUACAGGCUGAUGAAAGGAAGACUAUGUUGUACCUAGGUGUUCUACAGCCUUUCCAAAGAGACCAAGCCUCUUGUAUCUACCAAGACACCCUCAAGUAUGCAGCUGCCAUCUUCUUGGAGGCCAUCCCUUUCCUGUGACUCCUUGGACAUACAGAGGCCACGGAGCAGCUUCCAGUGUCAAAAGGGAGCUUGUCUGGUCUUUACUGCAGAGUGACACCAGUGUCUGAGAGCUCUGAGACCAGGUCUGUCUCCUAGCUUGGUUCCACAUGUAUGUUCUCAGAGUCUCUCAGCUGUGGAGGGUUUUCAUCUCUCCCAAUGCCUCACACCAUACCUGAUGUGUUGUUUAUUCAGUGAUGGCUCCUGGUGUGCUUCAAACACACCUUUGCCAUGAUCAAGCUGCCCUGAUGCUUCCCUCACAAAGCUGCAAACAAUGUUGGCACUACCUGUGAUAGUCUCAAUAAGAGGUGACUGGUUGAUAUGGCCAAAGGAGAUGUCAUCACCUCUUGUCCCCGAGGCGAUUAGACAAUCUGAUUUACCAAGGCUUGCAUCUUCACCAGGAGCAGUAAUCCCAAUGGAGUUUCCCUGCUCCACUUCCCUCUGCCCCUCUGUUUCCUGACAUGUUAGAGUAAAAAGAUUGUGAGCCAUGCAGUGUUGAGAAUUGGAGAGGUGGUUGCUCUCCAUAUGAUUAUUUCUGAAGGAUAAUUACUGCAAUAUUAAGUUUCCUGGUAGUUUCUUCAUUACUCUUUAGCUCUUCUAACCCUGGAGAAGACACUAAAUACCACAUUAAAUAACCUCAUUGUCAGGAAUGCUUGUGC